UGUACACAUCAUUGGGUAAGACUAGAGAUCAACCAGACAGUUGGGUAAGACUAGAGAUCAACCAGACAGAUCAAGAUUGCGUUUAUAGUUUCAUACUCUCAUUCUCAAAGAUUGAAACGUGAAUACCGAUAUGUGUAGGCUACGGUUGACUAUUCUAUCUCCGGUGGUGCGUAAUUUACGCAGUUUAUAAUGGCGUCUGUGCAAGAGAUGCGCCCCGGUCUUGAAAAAUGAAGCGGAGAAGAAGUCUGUUGUAGAAAUUGAUAGCCUUUUACACGGGUUCCCUCAGUGGGCUGCGACCUUCUUCCUGAGAUUCUGGUUCACUUUUUAUUUUUUUACCACAACAUGAUGAAGAUCAAAUCGAAUCAAACGCGGACAUAUGACGGGGAUGGCUACAAGAAACGCGCCGCCUGUCUGUGCUUCAAGAACGAGAGUGAGGAGGAGGUGUUGUUGGUGAGUAGUAGCCGGACUCAAGACAAGUGGAUUGUCCCUGGUGGAGGGAUGGAGCCGGAGGAAGAGCCCAAUGUGGCUGCUGUUCGAGAGGUGUAUGAAGAGGCUGGUGUCAAGGGGACAUUGGGGCGACUACUAGGGAUUUUCGAGAACACAGACAGGAAGCACAGAACAUAUGUCUAUGUCCUAAUCGUUACAGAGAUGUUAGAAGACUGGGAGGACUCGGUGAAUAUUGGUACGUUAAAUAUUGGGAGAAAAAGGGAAUGGUUUAAGACAGAUGAUGCCAGCGGAGUGCUGCAGUGCCACAAGCCUGUGCAGGCCUCGUACUUUGAGGCCCUACAACAGAGCUGCCUGAGCAGCAACAUGAUGCCCCUGGUGACCACGAUAGGGGGAGGAGAGCACUCUCCUACCUACAACAUCAACCAUAACUCUAGAUCGAGUAUAAGAUAACUAAAACACAUAAACUCCUGGAGACUUCUCCACAUCUUUUACCCGCUUCCUUUUCUUACUUAAUCCUGCUCCUCCUACUACUGCUUAUUUUUUAAACUUCAAAAUAUCAACAGAAAUGUUUGCCAUGCCAGCCUUUUUUGUGGUGCCAGAGUGGAGGUACAGACUUGAAGUGUUGGGUGAAGAAGAUAUAAUACUUUGUAAUUUGAAUGUUUUUUUCUUGCUUUUUAUGAAUAAUUGCAUGAGAUGUUCCCAAACUCUUCCUCCUUUUCCUCUUUACCUCGGUCCCUCAUUCCGCUCUGUCAUAAAUGUGAGGUUUGUUGAAUGCAACUCUCUGCUGUGGUGAUGUAAAGUAUUGGUAUGCUAUGUGUUUACCGAAGAAGACAGGCUUUUAAGGAUCUUGUCAUGGUUUGCUAACACUUUACUUGAAGUUGCAACAACCCUUUAUAUGUCAGUCAUAAGAAUGACAUAACCUCUCACCAUGUACGGUGACAGAUCAUUAGUCUAAGAGUUAAGAGUUAUACAGUAUGACAGUCUUUUUCAGCAUGACAUUUUCUGUAGUUUAUUUUUUUUUCAUAUCUUUCCUAAUCGUCUAACAAUGCAUUUAUUUGGUUAAUGGUUAGAUGGGCUUGUUGGAAAGGUUCCUGUUUUGUAUGCGUGGUAAAGAUACAUGGGUGUGUCUUGUGUGAUGCAAUCUGUAGGAAUGGAAUUAUCUGGUACAAAACAGGCUCCUUUUGUCUUACAUUGUGAAGAUAGCACAAGCUUUGAUGAUUUGAGUGAGAAGCUUUGAUAAGGGGGCUGACAAAAAAAAAACACUCCUAUAGUAGCUUUGGCUUUUGUUAUCACACUAGGGAACAUCUAACCAGAAAAUUGAAAUGUAAAUAAUCUGCUGUCUCACGUCUUAUUGUCAGUCUAUUUCAGUCUAGACUAUGAAGAUAAUAUAUUGAUUGGUUUUAUAAUUAAAUGACCGGAAAGACAGAGAAUUAUGCAUGUUAUCUGAUCCUCAGGGGAAAGGAACAAGAACCCAGACUAGCUUUUGGUGCAGGAGACGUGCUCUUGCAGAGUUUUUUAAUCAGGUUGUGCAUCAGGAGGUAGGGAGUAAUGUCAUUAGGUGUUGUUUAUUGUGCUUGAAUAGUAAGGCUAUUUUAAAAUGGCACUUGGAAGAUUAUGCCACUGCUGGAUAACGUGUGUGUCAUACUCUGGACCCCACUCAAAUUGAUGUCUUCAUGGUUUCCACUUGAUAAUUCUAUAUCCAUUUACUUAGUUGUUUAUAUUCAUAUUUAUUUUCUAAUGGUAUGAUGGUGAUUGAUUGCAGAUGACGGACGUUUUUCAGUCUGUACUAAUAACCUCUCAGUGUGUGUAUUGAUGUGUUUAAGGUGAGGGCUGUUGAUUGAUUGGUGUGUGUGAUGCAGGAAGGAAGAGAUGUUGCACAACAGGAGAUGCAACGCCAAGGUAAAUCACCUGCACGUUUGGUGAGGACAAAUUUACACUCAUGUGAAUCCAUAAAUUCUGAAUUGUAUUCCUAACAAAUGUUUACAUUGUGAUAUAAUUCUGCAUUUUCCCUUAAAUGAACACUGGACUUUUCUUGUUUUUAUGUUAGCUAGAUUUGUUUUGUUAGGUUUUUGUUGUUUCUUGAAAGGCACUUUUAAAUAGGUAUUAAUAUAUUAUUUGUCUACUGUAGGUAUGUUCAUCAUUGGUUGUUCAAAUUUAUAAUUUUAAAUCAAUCAAAUGGCAUUCAUCUGAUGAAUGGAUGGAUGCUGAUGAAAGUCUCAGAACCAUAGUGAUUCUGGCCCUGUCAAGACUUGUGAACAAGAAUAACUGGGAUUGGUAGAUAUGUUAAUGUUCUAUAGUCUAUGUAUGCACGCAUGACUGUUAGUCGCUUUGGAUAAAAGCGUCUGCUAAAUGGCAUAUUAUUAUGUCAAUGCAGAGACCAACUCUCCACUACUGGCUCUGGAGUUUGGUACUGUUGUUUGCUUGUCUCCCUGGCCUACAAAAAUGUAUGUGUUGAUUCUACUUCACACAGUACUUUGCCCUGAUGGGCUAGUAGGUAUGUGCCAAUUUCAAUAAUGAAGUUUUAUAAAAUCUUGUUUCAGGCCCCCAACACUCCCAAGAAUGUAAGUUGUCCUUUUGUGAGAAACUGACUGUUUCUGGCAGAACUGGCAGAACAGCUUGCUCAACUGAGCAUCAUUUAGGCAAGUAUGUGGGCACAAAGAAUGAGAAUAUUAUAUUCUUGCUGAGUUGGAUUGGGCCAAAUGUACCCGUUGACCCAACUGAUCUAGCACAAAGAGCUGUUCAGUUAGUUCUCAGCCUCACUCCGUUCGUCUCCUCUGCCAAUGUUUUGAAGUUUUACACAACAGCCUAGUCCUAACCUUGAAAUGGCCCUAGACCUGUGGUAUCUUGGGCCCUCAGUUGGCUAGGUUUGGCUAGUUAGAUGGAUGCAUUGAAUUUCAUUUUUAGCUGUUUAUGCAACAUUUAUGUACUAGUAACUGCCUUGUGAGGUUUUUUGGUUUACCUUUCCUCUUUUUUACGUGGAACCUGAACAUAAGGAAUAUGUGGCGUUUUCUUUUGCAUGUGAACUGAAUUUUUAUUUUGCUCUUGACUACUUUCCUAUGGCACAUGUAAAAAUAGAAAAUGUUAGGCCUACUCAUGGUAAACCUAAGAUAGUCAUACAAUAUUGCACCAGGCCGUAAUGACUGUUAUAAUUACAUACAUGGCUUUAUUUCUCACUAUAUGGCCAGUAGGGAUUUGCAAUUUCAUUAUUAUCCUCAGUAUGCCCCAUGUUGUUUGUCUGUGAGGCCUGGGGUGUGUUCAGUUUGCUUUAACGUUUGCAUGACGGUUUGUACUGAACGACACGUUUCCCCCAGAACGGUGUGCACAGUUCAACAGCCUUUGAGGUACGUUUGCUCCCAUUUGGUGGGUGUGGCCUGAUCUAAAGUGGGUGUGACCAUCUGAAAUUGUAAAAAACUCAUGAUGCACACCAUAUGAUAACAUCCAGCUGGGCCACCAUAAUGUGUUUUUCAACUGGUCAUUCAGUACAGUAGUUUCCAUUGAAUUCAACAUUGCACACCGUUCUUUCAUACUGGACCCAACCAUGUCAUCAUGAGAUUUUGUGAUGGCUGGAUGGUGCCAUCUAGUGGUGAUGGGCCAUCUAACCAGGUGAUUGCAGUUAUGGGUAAAAUGUUCCUGAUGACUUCAGUUUACUGGUAAGUAUAAUGGUCUUAACAGGAUAUAAAGCAAAUCCAAUGAUGAAAUAUGCAUCUUUCGUGAUGACUGAUGUUCACUGAAAAAUGGUCAGAUCCAAAUCAUUACAUGCAAUGGUCCAAUCAGGGGCAAUUCAACUACACAUAUCACUGAUUUCUUCUUCAAUGGGGAAUUACAGAACAAAGUGUGAGAAGACUGAAGAUUGUCAAACAAUUGUGCCAAUUAAUAAAACACCAGUAUUUCA